AUGCCUCGCAUCCCAUCACGCGAAGAGCCCUACCACUCGGUCGCCAAGUGCAACAGGCACUGGAAGACCAAGCGCGAGUUCGUCACCAAGGCCGCCAACAAGGCCUCGCACGUCGACGGCUCCCACUACCUCCUCAUCUGUGUCGCCCCCAAGGGCAACAUUGAGGUGCACGCCAGCGAGUACUUCUACGACGACGCCAACCAGCACAAGGCCGACGGCAUCAUCAACUGGGAGGUCCUCCGUGGCCGUGCCGAGUUCAUCCAGACACGAAACGAGUCUCGCUGGCAGGAGGUCGAGAGGCAGGAGAAGCGCUUCGGCCUCGAGGACGACGCCGACGACGAGGACAACGAGGACGGCGAGGAUGUCGACUCGAACGACCUGUCACUAGGUGACCUCAACCUCCCCGACACCCCCACUGGCGGCCAGACCCAGCUCAUGUCCACCUUCUCCGCUUCCAACCCUUCCAAGAUGACCAUCGGCCCCGUCUCCUCCAUCACCGUCACCCCUGCCACCAUUGACCGCGAGUACCACGCCCGCUUCGAGCACCUCGGCCAGAACGUCUGUGCCAACGUCCUCAAGGCCUGGAUCAAGGUUGUCGAGCCCAAGAAGCAGACCAAGUACCCCUACAAGGACAAGAAGGGUAACGAGGGCCGCCCCCCUCCCUGGUGGCCCACUGGCCUCCGCCACAUCGAGCCCGACCACCUCCACAAGGACGAGCGCCCGCGUCUCCUCACCAGCAUCCUCCAGCAGGCUUCCAAGCCCCGCUCGGAGAGUGCCCGCCAGGCUGCCGCCCUCGCCAACGUUGCCGGUGCCAACGCUCGCCCCACCCUCGACCAGCGCUCCGAGCUCACCAUCUCUCGUCUCCACUUCGCCACUGCCGAGAUCGCCUCGUCGAUCCCUCCUCGCCAGCACUUUGAGCUUCGCCAGAUCUACCUCAUUGCCAAGGAGGUCCGCAAGGCCAACGAGGACUCGGCCAAGGAGCGCCGCAACGCCGCGUCGCGUGAGGGCACCGUCUUCAUCGAGGACGACACCUUCGUCCCCACCUGGGUCGAGCUCACCGUCGACUUCUUCGAGCGCCACCCCUCGGCCUCGCACUCGCAGAAGCGCAUGAGCGAUGACCUGAUGAUGGGCAUGGGCAAGGAGAAUGUCGACUUUGACUCGCGCAUCCUCAAGCGGGGCAAGCGUGAGCUCACCAUGGCUCCCCUCACCACCGACAUCCACCACCCCGCCCUCACCCCUCUGGGCUCGCACACCAACGUCUACUCGACCGUCCCCUACGGCAUGGACGCUGGCACCCCUCACACUCCUCACACUCCCCACACCCCCGCCCACGGCUACCAGAGCUGGCAGCCCAUCACUGUCCCUCAGUCGGCCACCACUCCCCAGCUCACGCAGGCGCAGCAGCAGCAGCAGCACGCCGCGCAGUACUACCCCCGCUCGGCACCCCCCACCUUUGCGCUCGACGUCAACUACCAGGCUAGCCACAGCUACACCAACAACGGUACCCCCACUCCUACCACUGCUACGCAGCCCACGUAUAGCCACAGCAGCCAGGGCAGCAUUGGCGGCAGUGCCUCGGCACCGGGCACGACGGCACCGGCCUACCAGCCAUACGUCCCCCAGGGCCUCAGCUACCACAGCCCAUACUCGUCGACUGGCUCUGCUACUGCUGCGGCUGCCUACACAACACCGCAGUACACGCACAGCGGGUACCCGGCUGCCACAAGUUACGACACGGGUCAGGCCUUCGUCAGUGACCUCGCUGGCCUCUCCGCAUGA